AUGAAGCUUAUUACCAAAAAAUACUUGUGUAUUUUGCUAUGGCUCCCGCUAUUGGUGUGUGCAAGUCAAUUGGCUCAUAUAGAGAAAGAGUUUGGUAUUGAAACUUUUCUUACACCAUCUCUAGACGAUGACUUGCAAUUACUAGGAAACAUAAGUACACUAUCGUUUUACAAGUAUAGUGGACAGCAGAAUUUUACAGGUAGUGUCAAUGACUCUGAUAUGACAGAUUCAUUGAUAUAUUAUUCGAAUAAUAUUUUGAUAAAAUUAAUACCUAACGAGGAUUUUAGUACAGAUAGCGUAAUAAAUCAAAUAAUACCAUUAGGUGAUGAUUCAUUUAUAAUAAAUGGGGUAGGAAAACUUUCAAAUUAUGAUCUUUCACAACAAUUAGUGUACAAUUUAACAACUUUAACCGUAUAUCCUAUCUUUAAUGAAAGUUUGAAUGCAGUUUCGACCAUUUUUGUGGAUAAUCAAAUAGUAUAUUUUGGUGGUAAUUUUACAUUCCAAGGAUCUAAUAGUGCCUAUACAUGGGAUUCAUAUGAUAAUACCACAUCAUCUUUACCUUUUGAUGGGUUUGGUCAAGAUUCUAAAGUCAAUUCCAUUUUAAAAUUGAAUGAUGAUGAUAUUUUAUUCACAGGUAAUUUCUCUACUUUAGGCAAUAAUACGUAUCUUACUUCAACCGAUAAUAAUAAUAAUAAAACCAACUUGGUUAAUCUAACCAACAUUGAACUAGAACCUUUAGUAUCUUUGAAAGCUGCUGCAUGGGAUGUGGAUUCUUCAAGCGAAUUUAAUAGAAAUAAUUUCAUUUGUCCCAGUAGCGAAACUGAGUCGUGGUCUCAAUCUGGAACAGAUGGUUCAUUUGUUUUGAACUUACCCUAUGAUGUUACACCAGCAAAGGUAAGAUUAUAUAAUUCGCCAAGUACAGACAACGAAGUAUCUUUAUUUAGAAUUACUACCAAUCCAUCUAAUAGUAUUCUGAACUUGACUUACUUGGAUCCCCUAUCAGGGAGUUUGAAGUAUUGUGACGCUUUUUGUCCAAUGCUUUCAACAAGAAUUCUAGGUUCACAAGCUGCAAACGAAUCCUUAACUAUAGAUGAUAAGGUUACUCUAAUCAACAAUAAUUCUACCAUCUUGAAAUGGACAGAUAGUUAUCAAGAUUUCGGUUUUGUCAAUCCUGUUGAUGUCGAAUCAUUAACUUUCACGGCGUUAAAAUCUUACGGCUCAAACGUUGGUCUUGCAGGUUUACAGUUAUUUCAAGCUUCAUUCAAUAGUUUUGCUAAUAAUACAUUGAAUGAACCAAAUUGUGAUGAUGAGUCUACUACUACUUCUGUAUCCCUUUCCAAAAAUGAUUGGAAGGCAGUAUCUAACUCAGUUGAUUACAUCAGUACCUAUUAUACACCAAACGUUGAUCCAGUUCCUUCUGUUGAAUUCUCUGUUGAUCUGGAGUACAACGGUGAGUAUUCCAUCAAUAUGUAUACACCUGGAUGUUCAGGUGAUGCCACUUGUGAUUCUAGAGGUAUUGUUAACGUAACUGUUUGGGAUACAACCGAUAACUCAAUUAUAUCAACUAAGUCUAUUUAUCAGAACAAUGAUCAAUUGAAAUAUGACGACCUGUAUAACGGAAUUCUGAACAUCUCAACAUGUCGUAUCACCUUGACCUAUCAAGAUGGACUAUAUGCUAGCACUACACCAGUGACAUUCGUUGCUGAUAGAGUCAGCAUAUCGAUCGUGAAAUUAGAUACAUCAGAUUUGGUUCAGUUGACUUCAACUUCUACGAAAUCAGUAAUUAGUCUAAAUGGGUUAUUACAAUAUCAACUAUCCAAUUUUACAUCGGCAUUUAAUUCCUCAGAAUGUCCUAUUACGGAAACGUCUUUAAUACAUUAUACUAAUUCUUCAUUUGAUAAGAAAUCCUCAAUUUUAGCUGCUCUUUAUAACAAUAAUACGCUACUUUUAGGUAGUGAAGAUCAAGGUAUUUCGGUGGUAACAUUAAAUGAUAAUUUAACUCUGGAAUCAAACAAGGAUUUAGAGAUAACAGGUCACGUAAGUGGGUUCCACUAUUUUAGUAAUGGUAUUUUUAUUACAGGUAAGAAUUUAAAUGUCUCUGAUGAACAAUCCAAUAAUCUCGUUUAUAAUGGUACAUUUAAUAUAUUUGAAGUUAACAAUGAUGAAGUGGUAGCCACUUUUGCCAAUAUGACGCUUUCUAAUUCUGAAUUACUAGCACUUGACAACAAUAUCAUCUACAAUAUUUCUAGUGGAAAGCAAGUAAAAAAUGAUCCUAGUCUCUCAUUGGAAUUUUGGUCCUCAGCAAUGAAUUUCCAAGAUGAUACCAUAUUUUAUGGUUCAGUUCAUCAAAAUCAAUUUGCAAAUAUAGAAGGAUCUGUUUCCAUUGAUUCAAACGAAACUGCAUCAGUUAUUGAUUUCCCAGAUGGGAUUCAUCCAUAUCUAGGUUUGUUUUUGAAUUCUUCUUCUACAGUUUACGCAUAUGAAUCGAGUGAUAACUAUAAUGAAUUGUAUUUCAGUAACAACAAGCAGGUAAAUAAUUUAACUUCGUGGCCUGGUGUUAUUUCUUCUAUACUUUACUCUGGAAAUAACUCAAUGUUAGCUAUUGGUACAUCUUCUAGUGGUUCCACUAAUUCACAACUUACAAUUUUGAAUACUACUACAUUGACUAUUGUUCAUCAAGAAAUAUUACAAGGAUCGAGUUCUAAUAUAACUUCAAUGUUAAAUUUUGAGACCAACUCGACACUUCUUAUUGGUGGUAAUUUCGACAUUUCAAACAAGGAUUGUAAUGGUAUAUGUCUGUACAAUUAUGAUACUGGGAACUUCGGUUCAUUUGCAAAUGGUUCUGUAAAGGGUUCGGUAACAUCCUUACAAUUUUACAAUGAUAGUUCGUUAAUUAUAUCUGGUAUAUAUAACACUACAACUACUUCGGAUAUCACAUUAUCUCAAUAUGAUUUGAAGAAAAAUGAAUUAACCCCAUUGAGACAAGACAAAUCAAAAUUAAACUCAUUCGUUACAGAUGGUGAUAGAAUUAUCGCAUGGAAUAGUACAACUUUGUUCAUAUACCAGAACGAUUCAUGGAGUGACAUACAAAUUCCUAAUGUGAAUUCAUCCAGUGCUAUUACUGAUGUUUCUUUAUCAUCAGGUUAUAUCUCUGAUAAUUCUCUAUCAAAGAGAGAUGAUGAUGGCUCUUCUACUAAGAUGUUAAUAUUAAAUGGACAAUUUUAUAGUACACCUUACGGGACAUUGCAAUCAUUUAUAUAUGACUUCAACCAAUGGGUUCCCUACUUAGCCAUCAGCACAGAGCUUUCGGACGAUUCAUCGAGUGGAAUUAAACCUUUUAUUAAUAAAGAUAAUACAGAUUUAUUCAAUUCUCCAGCAGUGUUAAUUAACACAACUCCUACAAUUACAACACCAAGGACAUCAGGCACAUUAACAGCUAGUGCAACAUCUACGUCAUCACCAGAGAAGACACAGGGAGGUUCAAAAAAGAUACGUCGUGGGUUUGUAGUAUUGAUAGGGUUAGCACUGGCACUUGGUACUGUCGCAGUGUUGGGUUUAUUCGGUGUUCUUCUGGCUGCCCUUUUCAGAGAUGAGGAGAUCAAAUACGAACCUCUUACACCUCAUAUUGAUGAGGACGAUAUGAUAAAUACAGUACCACCAGAAAAACUAAUGAAAUUCAUCUAA